AUGUCAGAGGAAAAAAGUGUGAUAUUUAUCUCUUUUAUGCACCCCUAUGUACCCCCAGGACAAACUCACCCGCCCUCUAUAACAAGACAGUCAGACGACCAACUGAUCAUUUUCAAGAAAGGACUGUCAAGACAGAUAGUGUGUGUGGCAUCUGGGAAUCCAGAACCUACAUAUGAGUGGACCAAAAAUGGCCGUCCAUUCAACCCCGAGGCCAAUACAGACGUGGAUCAGGAGAGGGGUCUGGGCACGCUGACGUUUUCUGAUCCUGUCAGCGAGGACCAGGGGGUGUAUCAGUGCAGGGCCAUCAACGAGUACGGAACUGCGCUGACCCAGAAGGUCACCCUUUUGGAAGCAGUGAUGGAUCCAUUUCCUGGAAACCCCGUUGUGACCCCCAAACAAGUUCGCCCCCCUGUGGGCCAAAGCCUAAAAUUGCCCUGUGACUCCCCUAGGAGCAUUCCUGCCAGCGACGUAGUGUGGAACAUCAGGAAAGAUCGUGUGCCGGAGAGUAGUAGGGUUACCAUGGAUUACGAAGGAAAUCUCUACUUCGCCAAUAUUAUUCCUGAUGAUGCCCAGAAUGGUAAAUCGUACAUCUGCGCAGUGACCAAUAACUUCAUCAGGACGACGGUUCAGGGUGGAGACUCUCAGAUAGAACCGCAGGGUACAAUUGCGCAAGCUCGUCGAAAUUCCCCUGUCUUGCUCUACUCCUCGCCUACCACUAUUAUCAAGAUGAGGGGAGAGACGCUGAGAAUGAAGUGCAUUUUUGGUGGAUAUCCCACCCCAACAAUAACAUGGCGGAGGAUGGGAGGCAGUCCCAGAUACCAGCAGUCCCAGCACGGCCACGAGAUUGUCAUCGAAGACAUCCAAGAGGCGGACGAGGGGACGUAUCUCUGUGAGGGAAAUAAUGGCGUCAAUCCUAGUGCUUACAGGGAAUUUCAAGUCACUGUGGAAGGAAAGCCUUACUGGAUAGAGAAGCCUACGGAUACCAACAUUGAGGAGCAAGAGACCAAGAUAUUCAGGUGCGAAGCUGGCGGUAAACCCAUCCCUAACGUCAUGUGGUUCAUCAACGGAGAGAAGCUAGAAGAUAUCCCAGCAAGCUCUAGGAGGAGCCUGAUCAAUGGCGGCAUGGCGCUCCAGUUCAAGUCCCUGCAGAGAGCAGACACCUGUGUGGUACAGUGCAAUGUAACCAAUGAACACGGGUAUAUCUUUGCCAGUGCUUACUUGAAUGUGCUAGCUGAGGCACCCAUUUUCCUUACGGAGCCCCCCAAGUACAUCAAGAAAGUGGUUGACCAGAAAGUUAACCUGACGUGUCGUGUGUUUGGUGCUCCUAUCCCACAGAUAACGUGGGAGAAAGAAGGUCAGCUUCUGAGUGGUGCCAGGCACACCGUCACCGCUGAUGGAGAUUUGAUCAUUGAGGACCUGAGGCUUGAUGAUAGUGGUCACUACUUGUGUAAGGCAAGGAACACAUACGGCAACAUCCAGGCGUCUGGGGAGCUGGUGGUCCGAGAAAAAACCGUAAUUGACAACCCACCUACAGAUCAAGUUGUAGCAAUAGGUGAAGAGGCUGUCUUGUCUUGUGGAGCUACUACUGAUGCUGCAGAAGAGCACAAGCUGCGUAUUUAUUGGUUAAAAGAUGACCAACCAAUCAACCUAAACAUAGACCGCCGCCUCACCCUAAGUAAUGAUUGGUCACUGGUAAUUAACCCAGCAUCCAGGAAUGACAAUGCUCGGUAUACCUGUGUGGCAGGCAAUGGCUUGGAUGAGGACAAGAGAGAAGCUACUUUGACAGUGGAAGCUCCCCCAGAACCCCCCACCAACGUUAUUCUGAACAGCUGCAGCACCAGGUCUGCCUCGAUAUCGUGGACCCCAGGGCCGCCCAACAACGCCCCCAUCCAGCAAUACUUCAUAGAGUACAACAACUCCAGGAACCCUGACCAGUGGCUAGAGAUUAAGACCGUCAACGUGCCAUACACCAGUGCCGUGGUGGAGUUGUUCCCUUACAUGACCUUCAACUUUAGGGUCAAGGCCGCCAACAGAAUCGGGACAAGUCAGCCCAGUAGCCAUACUUCGACCUUGUGCCGCACCCCUGCGGAUGUGCCAGCAAGGCAGCCUGGUAACCCCGAAAUUCAGGACUACGAUUCCGACUCCCUGUAUCUUGUUUGGGACGCAUUGGAUGAAACAGAACUGAAUGGCCCAGGCUUUCAUUACCUUAUAACCUAUCGCCGACUUGAUCAGCCUAAUGCCCCUGAAAUGACGAAAAAGAUCGACGAUUUUACAAAAAAGGAGGCCCUUAUAGAGUCAGAGACAUACGUGCCAUAUGAAAUCACAAUAGAAGCUGUGAAUGAAAUGGGAACUGCCAGGAAGCCAGCGGAGAAAAUUAUUGGAUUCUCUGGAGAGGGAGUACCAAAUGCGAUCCCCCAAAACUUCCGACUAGAUCACAAGUACCCUCCUACGGACUCCACGGCCAACUUCCUGUGGGACGCCAUUGAUGCAACUCACGAAGCUGUGCAAGGAUUCUUUGUUGGUUACGAGAUGAAAUGGUGGCCAGAAGACGACCCCAAGGACACCUCCGUGGUUGUCGUCCCCAUCAACAACCCAAACAACGAGCUACGCGACCUAAAGAACAGGCGCAUUGGGCGACAAGUUUUACAGUACGUAUCAGGAACUUUGGAGCAGCUUCCGCCCUUCACGUCAGUCGUGGCACAGGUGGCUGUUAGAAAUAAGAAGUACACAGGAGAACCCAGUAAUUCCAUCAUAUUCAGGACUGAUGAAGGAGCGCCAUCUGCUGUUCAAGACUUCAAAGUAUUCAGGAAAGGUCCUGUCCACCUAGAGCUGAGCUGGGAGCUGCCAGCCUUUCCUAAUGGAAACAUCUUAGGAUAUGACAUUGCAUACAGAAAUAUAAACAAUACGCGUAGCCGCGGUGAUGACGUACUGGACACCACUAAGACCUUGUCCAUAGAUGACCCUAGUCAGAUGAAGGUCAAACUGCUUGACCUUGACCCAGUUACCAACUACAGGGUACUGCUGUAUGCCAGGACAGGCGCUGGGCGAGGAGAAGAGGCUGUUCUGGAGGAGAUGACAUUGGCGAUGGGAUUCCCAGAGCGGCCGGACCUGGUCACUGUGUCUGGACCCACCUCCAUGACGGUCACAUGGGUACCCGCUGACGAGAACCCUGGAUAUGGUUUCUAUGUGGAGUAUAAGAAACCAGAUGAGACGACUUGGUCAAAGACCCCUAUUGAGACAGAGAAGGACUAUAUCGUCUUGACCCGCCUUGACCCUGCCACAGAAUACGAGGUGCGUGUUGUUGCUGUGAAUGGGGAGGGUUACGAGACACCAAGUAUCAUGAAGGCACCAAGAACUGCAGGAACAGCGGCUGCCACCCAGUCUGUGCAGGAAGCUGGUUGGUUUGUGGCAUUGCUGGUUGUCAUCAUUCUCCUGAUUAUCAUCCUGGUGGUGAUCUGCUUUAUCAGGAGGACCAGGGGGGACAAGUACAAUGUGGAUGAGAAGGAGAGGCUGAGAGGUGGUCCAGAGGCACCUCCACCCUUUGAAGAAUACAACAGAGGGAAAGAUCCCAGUCUGGUUGACGAGCCGAUGGAUGACCUGAAACCUCCUGAGAGUGACUCUGACAGUCUGGAAGAAUAUGGGGAGAACGACGUCAGCAAGUUCAAUGAGGAUGGGUCAUUCAUUGGUCAAUAUGGCGCCAACAAGGACAUCAAUCCCCCGCCAUCACAACAACAGGAGCCAACGUCUCCAUCUGCACUGUCAACUUUUGUUUGAUUUUGAAUUCUGGAAGAAUAAUCCUUAAGAUUGUGGAAAGACAUUCUGCAAUCUGAAGAUGGUUUCCGUCCAUUUUGAAUUAUGAGAUGAAUUCCAGAAUUGUGAAACUAUUUUAAAGAACAUUUCAGUGGGGUCUCUUGUCACUGUUUUCUUAAAUUUAUUGAUUUAGAAUUUGGCUGAUUUAUUAAGAAUCCAUAUAUGCUUUACAUAUGGAGAUAUUCUUGUAAAAUAUCUUUUGUUUUUGAUUAAAUUAAGGUAUGAUACAUCUUACUGAUGUGUUUUAAGUAAGACUUAUACCUUAGUCGGAGAAAAAAACAUUGAGAAGUAUGAAAAAAUAUGAAAACCCACUGAAGCGUUCUUUGAAAGCAAAAUGGCAACCGUGGUUGUGACAGUGUCGCAUUCAAAAUUUGCAACAUGCCAAAACAAUUUUUUUUUUUUGUAUUUUUUGUCCAGAACAAUGCAAUGUACAUUAUUAUCCCUUUCUGCUCUUCUACACAGAUGUUUGCUCAUUUGAUGAUAAUGAUGAUGAUUGUUUUAUCUGUGUAACAUUGACAAUACACUGUGUACUUUAAAAGUAACUAAAAAUGCACUUCAGAAUUCACAUGUUCUUUGUGUGAGUCACAUGCUGUCAGGGACAGCUUUUUUUUUUUUUUUUUUUACUUUGACCAUCCACUUGUAGAUAGUGCUUGAAAAGUAACGCCCCAGUUUUUGAAAUCAAUAUACAACAUGCACUUUUUAAUUUUUUCAUGUUCUGGGCACUCUUGCAUGAAAAUGAAUGUUUAGUUUUGUCUCUCUAAGUAGUUGGUUAAAAGUAGUUGAUAGUUUUAAGACGUGAGGUCAGAAGUCUGGUAGAUGAGUUAUUUGGCUGAUUAACUAAAGGUUGACACCUGUUAUGCAAGUUCCUUGACCCCCAAUAUUUCAUUUGAACUUAAAUAUUUCAGUUUUAUUUGAAAACUGAAUUAAAUGACAAUACAAUCAUCGUAACUAAUUAACAGCAGAUUAAGCUGCUCUUUGUUUUCUGUUUGUCCUUUGUUUUGUGAAUGGAACUGUCCGAAAUGCGGUGUCUUCACCAAAUGUUUUUGUCCGAAUGUGCUAGUUAUCUUUUCCCCUUCUUUUUCAAAUUUGAGUGAUGAAUUUCAUUAAAAAGUACACAGAAAGGAGGUAACAUUUAAUGAUAUUUUCCCUGUCUUAGGUCUGGAGUUUGUGUCACAUAUGUUGAACCAUAAACGUCAAUGCAAUAUUAACCAGUAAGCUUUAGAACCUGCAUAUUUAUGGUAUAUUCUCAUCAGGUGCUUUGUAUAUAUACUGAUAUGGCAUUCUACUCGUAGGUGUUUUCAAUUAUUAAUUUUAUUUACUUCGUUGCUAGAAUGUGACUUGUAUAAAUUAUUAAACUGACCGAUCUCUCAUGCCCCUUGGCACACAAAACAAGUUUGUAAAUUUUGUCUCUAUGUGUGCGUAUGAAAGGUGGAUCCAGUCAGGAAAUAAUUUAUGAUAUUAUAUAUAUAUAUACAUAUGUAUGCAAUUUUGAUAUUAUCAUUAUGAUGCAUUAUGACUUGUAUUAAUCUCAUCUCUUCAUAGAUGUAACAUAGCAGGUGCCUGCUUGCCUCAUUACUAGAGGUACUUGUAUGGACAGUAGGUAUAGGUAUGAAGAAUUGGUAGAAAAUAGACAUUUAUGUGCUUCAUUUUACUGAGAUUGAAUUCAUGUGCUUCUUGACUGUGCCAAGCAUUGAAUAUGUUAUUUAGUAGAAAGGGUGCUAAUGAUGACUAAGGUGAGGUUCCAGAAAGCAUAAUGUUGUGUUGACAUCGGAAACAAGAUAUGAUGGAAUUUAAUGUACAGGUAUUUGUACCUACCUGUCAAACCUUGUCCAGACUUACCCAUGGAAGAUUGUAGAGUUUUUAGAGUGCAGUGAAGCUUGAUUAGUUUAUCUGCUAGGUGUAAAUAACUUCUUAGUGCCUAUAUUUUUCAUUAAGUAUGUAGUAAUAAUGUUUUCAGUGUACCUCAUUUCUUUUCUGUUUAAAAAAAUAACAUGCAUCAUACGUGUAGUCAGCAUUUCGUGUACUCAGGAUUUGUUGAAGUGUUUUCUUAUUUUUUACAACUUUUUUGUAUGAGAGCAUGUUAAAUAAGGGGUCAUGUGAAUUCCCUAUCCUGUGGAGACACUCCUGGUGCCAAUUAAUUAGCAGGAUUGCUAGGUGUUGACCACUAUAUUUAUUUGGCAGUUAUUGGUCAUUGUGUGUCUGGACACUGGAUCCUGUGGUGCUAUAAUAAUUAUAUGUAUGUCUGUUGUUUUGUGUUUUUCUCCAUCAUAAGAAAGUUGUUCUUAUAGAGGUGAUUAUUCUGGUUUUUGAAAUACUAAACUUUAACAUGAAUAUUUCAUUUCUGCAGUACAGAACCACAACGCAUUUUUUUCUUUGAUGUGAAAAAAGGCCUUCACACAUUUUUUCUCUCUCAAAAUGCAUCCACAUCCUGUGUUAGCAGGUACAUUUCAAAUGUAUAGAGUAAAAAAUGAUCUGAGUGAACAAGUAUUAAAAUCAGAAUACUGAACUGAAUUUUUUUUCAGACCAAAUUUAUAAUACAAUGUUCUUGUUUCAUGAUAUAGAAAAGUUUGUUCAUAGAAUUUAUAUUAUAAAUUGUGUAUCAAAUAGACUCCAACUGUACUUCUUCAAAACUGAUCAUUGGAAACUUGAAAUUUUGAACUGUGUACAUGUAUUUCUUUGUUUGUAUUCGUUUUGUUUUUGUGAAUAAAUGCUGAAUUAGUC